GGAGGUGUCAAACCUCCCCAAUAGUAUCUCAAUAAGAAAUGUCAGGUAAAAUCCGCUCAGUGGAAGAAAUGCUUGAAGGUAAUGUGUCCAUAUAAAGAGUUGCGUAUACCCAACUUGUCAAGUAGCAUCAAAAUUACGGCUUACGAUUGGUCAGUAUUCUUGCGAUGCAAAACUGCUCACAUGAAAAGCUAACUUCGCAGCAGGGUAGAUAAACAGAACGACCGCAAUGGCCGGGGCGAUGACAUGAAAAAUCACAUAUUUCUGAAAACCCCCGCAGAGUUGCUUGCUUUAGCUGGACACAUUACCUUUAAGGUAUUUCAGAGACCUCCAUGUCUCAAAAUCAAUUAAGGAACAAGCUAAGGUAGUUGCUCCGUUGUGUCGCCGAGAAACCUAGUAGUAUUUAGAACAUUCUAGACAUUUGCUUACGUAAUACAUAAUUACCUCGAAUUAUCUGCCAACAUGCUUGCUUAGUCAUUAUUAGGUAAUCCCUUUAAUUGUAGCCGCUGUUAUCAUAAUAUGGUAGUUAGCCUCGAUUUCGUUUACAACUUUCUAGAACUUUGGGGGGUUAUCGGGAACAUUCUCUAAAGGGUAUUUUUAGAAUUUUUGUAAUACAUAUAACGUACAAUAUGUCAUGAUUAAUCAGCAAAUUCUUAGCUAGAACUUUCUGUAGCAAGAGUAUAUAAACAGACAAGCAUUAUAGAAAUUAUUAUCAACAAACUAGUGAGAGGAUCGACAGGCAUAGAAGUAUCAACUAGCGAGAGUUAAGUAAUCUAUCAUAGCAUAGUCAUAAGAGGGGGAUAGUGUGGAAACUAGAACAAAGGCUAUUGUUCUAACGAUUGUGAGAGCAGGAUAACUUGAAUUAGGCAACAGAGUGCGACGAAAGUGCACACUCAGAAUGGCGAGUAGUACUGAAUACAUUGAUGGUGUCGAUCUUGACGCGAUUCUCUGUUUGUUAGAAGAAGAUGAACUUACUCAUGACUCAAAUUUUCAGUCUGAUGUCGAUUCUCGUCUUUCCGAGGUAGAAUUUUCAAAAGAAAAAUCAAACUUCAAAUGCAGUGUAUGCCAAAAAGUAUGCCAGUCAGAGAGAGGCUUAAAGCGCCAUGGAACAAUGAAACACAGCAAGAAAAAACCAACAGAUGGAGCUUCUUCCGACCUGUUUCACCAUCCGCUACGUCUAAAAACAUUUAUUGAAAACUGUGCAAUCAAACUUUCAAAAGAUGAAUGUUAUCCAAUUUCAGUUCAAGAGGAAUUCAAUGGAUACAAAAUAACAGUAGCACAAGCAAUAUUGGUGCAUGGUAAGCUUGAAAACAUCAUCAGUGAUUAUAAUGGAGAUGCUGACAAGUUUUAUCCAAAGUUUUAUGCAGCUAUUUCUGAACAAGAGCCCUUUUUUGAUAGUCUUUCCACUGAAUCAUCCCUACUCUUAGGGAUGGAAUUAGCUAACAGCAUUCUGGCAUAUUUGACAAACUGCACUGUAAAGGAUGGAUUGCUGAAAACAACAUCUGACCAGUUUGUUUUUUCACAGAGAGAAGAAGAUGCCUUAGUGUACUUUAGUGGAUAUGUCUUUGGAACACUUUAUAGGCGCCUGCGUAACAGCCAAAAAUUGGCAGAGAAUGCAAGGUACAAAUUUGUAUCUUUAAAAGAUCGUGGUGGGCUCUGGAGAGUGAACCGAGAUGUUGUUCAAAUGUUUCGAGUAACCGAAAUAUAUUUUCGUAAGCAAACAGCUGGUAUCAUCAAGAGCAUGAACACAAAUAAAAUGAUCAGUUUCCUUAUAAAAAAUUGUACCAUCCAAAGUGUUUUCAAAACAUUGUACCAAAACGGAGAUAAUACAGUGAAAAAGGAACUGGCGUUCAACCUGCUUGAAUACAUAUUGACAUUAUAUCUACGUGUUCGAAUGUUUUCUUAUGCCAAAGAUAUAAAAGAAAAGAGCUUGAAAUCUCUUAAGAAAACAAAAAAGAAGUCACUACGGAAGGAGCUAAAACAGUCCAGUCAAAGCACUGAUCCUCCAAGGUGAUUUGUGUUAUUCAAAAACACUACAUAAGAGUUCCAGAGACAUGUGUGGCAUACUUCCUUCAAUUACUUUUAAUACUUUUUGUACUUAAUACUUUGAUAGUUGAUGAAUAGUAUGUUCUGGAAAAAGAGUGUUUAAUUGAAAUAGCUAAUUCUUAAAUAAAACCAUGGAUAAAUAAUUUAAGAGAAUAGAAAAGGGGAAAUUGCAGGGCCUCAAGUGUAUUUUGACUAUGUUGUUUUAAUAUGAUGUUUAAUAUGAAAUUUAAUAUGGAAAAAUGUUUUUGUCAUUAAGCAAAGGGAAAAAUUAAUUUAUUUUUUUAUUGGGAAAUAUCAUAUGAUCUAACUGGUCUAGUCCACUUUAUCAAAGCCUCUGAACAAACAUUAGUUUGACUACAAUAUAUAACAAACUUUCACUACAAUAUACAUAAAAUAUUUACUGAAACACAAUGUUUGAAAGUAUAUAGCUAGGUUAGGAAUUAGUUUCAGUAUCAAUAGAUGUAAUUUCGUGUCACUGCACAGUUUCUAGAAAACAUAUAUAUGUUCAAAAAGUUUAAGCUUCUUUGAACCUCUUUGUCUGACGUGAAGGAACUGGUGUUUCAUCAAUCUUAUUCAAAUUUGCUAUUUGGCCAUAUUUGACACCCCUAACAUUCCCCGCAAUAGGUGUGACUGCUAGCUGAUUCCGGAUUGAAUUGUCAUUAUAUCCAAGAUUUUUCAAUGUGGGGUUGUCUUUGCGCCUAAGUGCAUCUUGCGAAAAACGCUCUGAAAGGACAUAAUAAACUCCAUUGCAUAGCAGGUACUGAGUACAUUCAACCAGAGAAUGGCAUGUGAUUUUCAAACCUUCACAAGUUUGAGAGGAGAUAAACAUACUUGCCCUCUCCUUGUCAUUGAAACUCCCUUUGCGUUCCUGGAUGGACUUUUUCCAUUCAACAAAAUACACAAGAAAGGAGUUGAUGAGCCAGUCAAACCUUAUAUCAUUAGUUGUUGUGUAAGGUUUCAGGAAUGCCUUCUGUUUCAAUGGAUGUUCUCUUUUAUUUCGCACAUUCGUGCAGUCAAAGAACUGGUCCAUCAUUGAGCAAAAUUUGGCAGUUCCAGCAGCUUCCGGAGGACCAUAUGCAAAUAGCACUUCAGCGACUGAUGAACUUAAAACCUGAGUAGCAAGGCUCACAUUCAUAAUAGAAUAAGAAUUUA